AUGACCAUUACUACAGCGGGCACAGCCGUCCAUCUGGCGCCGACCGUCACCAAGACCUUCUUCAAGCACUACUACAAGAAAGCCAAACGCUCGCUCAACGUCCGGUCACGCUCACACAAUGAUCCGUCUGAUCCAACCAAUCGAGCCAAGGCCACCGACGAGUUCAUGUUCGACGAGGCUUUCCACAUUGUCAAGGCUUUCAUCAACCUGGGCACCAGCGAUACUGUAGAGUCGUUGCAGAACUUCACCGAUGCGCCUGCCCCUCCCAUUCCUUGGGCCACCACGCUGCCUGUCAUGAUCCCGAUGGAGAGCUGUGAUCGAGCAGCCAAGAUCAUCCAGGAUCACCUGGGCCCGGAAGACUUGGCCAAGCUGGUGGGUGGUGAAAAGUGGUGGCAGCUGAGACCCCUGCCGGGUGUGCAGGGGGAGUGGAUCGCCAUGUCGGAUGACUGGAAGAAGAUGAAGAGCAUGGACAAACGCGCUCAGCAGACUGCCGCCGGCGGCCAACACAAUCCAUCCAAGCCGACGGCCAGUGCAGCAAGGAAGCAAAAACACAAGAGGAACAAGCGACACGAACGAGCUUUGUCAGAGAUCCGAGCCAUGCGACAAAAGACCGAGUCCAGGCUCAAGCGUCGCUCGCAAUCGUUCAAAAGAACUGCAAAGGGGGCCCCAAGUCAAGGAGACGCAACGGAAGCCGACGCUGAUGACGCAGCUUCGACAACAGGCUCAAGCGAAGCAGAAGUUCCACAACCUUCCUUUGAUACCGCUGCCGACUUGGAUUCCGACAGCGAUUCCCAGGACCACGCUUCAGAAACCGAAGAGCUGGACCGUCUCCAACGCGUCAUGCUCUAUUUCCACGGCGGCGGAUACUACUUCGGCUCGCUAGCCACGCAUCGGUAUCAGAUUGUUCGCUAUGCGCGCAAGUUUGGAGGCAAAUGUUUUGCGCCCGUCUAUCGCAAGGCCCCCCAGUAUCCUUGGCCUUGUGCGCUUCAAGAUGCCGUCGCCUCGUACUUGUACCUGCUCUACCCACCCAAAGGCGCAAAGCACAAACCGGUGGAUCCCAAGAAGCUCGUCAUCGCAGGCGACAGUGCAGGAGGUGGACUCACACUGGCCCUGUUGACGAUCAUUCGAGAUAUGGGCCUGCCUGCACCCGCUGGCGCCGUGCUCAUCUCGCCCUGGUGCGAUCUGACGCAUUCCUUCCCGUCCAUCCUGCAGAACACGGCGACAGACAUCAUCCCGCCUUAUGGCUUUAUCCACAAGCCGUCGACGCUAUGGCCCAUCAAUGCCAUGAAGCCGGUCAAGGAGGGAAAGCAUGGCUCAGACAAGACGGACGAUGAGGGACCAAGACGGAAAGUUCCGGUGGGUGUCGAUGAAGAUGGCGAGGCGAAUGAUGACACGGAGCCAGCAGCGCGAAAGAGUCACGACGACAACAAUCUGCAGUCGUCAGGCAGCAGAGCUGGCGAGGCCACAAAGGCUGCGAAAACGCAGAAUGCUCACAAGAAGGGAGUGCCUGAGCCACUGGAUCUGCUCUGGUCUGACCCAAUCACCGUUCCACACCCCGACCCCAACAAGGAAGCUAUCGAGUUGCGCGAGCAGAUUCAGCUGUACGCCACCAAUGACCAGCUCACCCAUCCGCUCUGCUCGGCCGUCCUUAGUGGCUCGCUUGGCGGACUUCCUCCGCUCUACAUCCUUGCCGGCGAUGCCGAAGUGCUACGCGACGAGAUCACCUACCUGGCACACCGCGCUGCCCACCCACACCGUUAUCCUCUGCGCAAAGACCUGCUCGACCAUUUCUCGCGCAACCGCGAGACGGCGGAGAAGUUUGACUCGCAACCGACCAAGGUGCAUCUACAGAUCUACGAUCAGAUGUGUCAUGUGUUGACGGCAUUUGCGUUUACUUCGCAGUCGCGGUUCGCGUAUAGAGCGGUAGCAUCGUUCGUGAAACACGUCACCGGAGCUCCUACAAAUAUCAAGAAUCCCUUUCCGGAGGCUGUUGAGGGCGCGACAGGCGGUGGGAGAGAGGAGGGUGAGGAAGGCGGGGAAGACUCGGAUGAAUUUGAGGGUGAUGACGGGGUGAGCGACAAUGUCGGUGGCGAGGUGGCUUCGCCACCGUUGGCGUCGAGCCUGCAGAGCUCAUCAAGGUCGACGACCAAUAUGGAGCGAGGCAAAAAUGGAUCGGCGAGCAGCACCGGAGGUCUUCCCUCGACUACGGCGAUUCGUGACGAGCCAGAGCCCAUGUCCGCCGUCGAAUCGUCCAACGACGGCCCUGCAGCUGAAGCUGCCCCUGCAUCCUCCACACCAAACACCACACCCGCCAAUAGCACCAAGUCACGACACCGAUCCAUGUCCAAGGUGCUCAGCGACACGCUGCACGGCAACCCAUCCGGCAGCAGCUCCCACGCAUCUUCCGACCCUUCGACGCGACAUGCGACUGCCGACGUGGCGAACGAAUACGCCGGUCAAGUACCCCUGUUGCGACCGUCAUUCCAGUCGUUCAUGAUCCGCGAACGCGUCGACGUGCGUGGCUAUCUACGACCCUUGGAGCCCGAGACCGAGCUGCAAGCGCUCCAGGUGCCACCGGAUGAGAUCGGGUGCAUCAAAGAGGGACCGGUCGAACGCUACCUAACUGGACAGAAGCAGUGGGCCAAGCGAUUCGCCAAAACUGCGCGCCGCGUCGAGAAGCAGCGAGCCAAGAACGAAAAGACGGCGCAAAAGAUGAUCGAAGAAGCCCACGCCCAAGGCCUGCUCGACCUACCAGAGCUGCAGCGCAAACGAGCCGCCCUGACGCAGCAAGCCACCUCGCCGCGCGUCACCCACGUCGGCUCAGGAUCCAGCGCCAAAGGGCUCGGCGUCAGCGCGGCGGACAUCGCUCGAGGCGCGGACAAGUGUCGCGAGAAGUGGUCCUGGCUCGUCGACGUUUCCCCCGCCGAGCUCAUCGGCGAGACGCCACCGCCGGCCGCAAUCGCAGGCAGACGCGAUACAGACGACGCGCUCGUGCUGCUGCGCAGAUCGCUGCAGAUCCGCGCGCGCGCGUACGGCAUCCAGCGCAAAUCGCGCUUCUGGGGUGCAGAAGACCGGACGGUGCGCGCACACCUGCGUGCCGAAGAGGAUCCGCAAGUUGACACCGAGACGAGCACCGAUCCGACCGGUCAGACCGCCGAUCCGCAGGGCGAGGCAAAGGGCGCAGCGCACCAUCAUCACCAUAGAGGUCUGAGGGUGUGGAAUUUGCUCAUGGUGCGCAAGCCCGCUUCGGGUAAAGAGAAGCACAGCAAGGCGAGCACACCGUAG